CCGAACAUGCACAGAAAGUCAUCGUCUUCUCUCUUGUAAUACGAAUGAGUGUAGUAUCGUGGUCACUUCUUUCUAAUUACACAUGGAUAUAUAUUAACUACACGUUUUGCCAAUAAUAGUACACAAGUACAUGCUUUGAAAACCAUUCAGGACAACUCCACGAUAACAUGACACUAUCUAUGCGAAUGCAGUAUCUUUGGAAUGUAAUUGCUGUGAAACUAUCUAGGCCAUUAAAAAACCUGUAUAGUACCAUAGUUAUAUUUCUUAUAGCUUGUAUACUAGUUACUUUGACUUUGGAUUCCUUAAACAGACAAAAAAUGUUCUUAGACUUCCACACGUCUUCCAAAAUGCAUUCAAGUAUAUCAAAUGAAUCUCACUUAUGGAUAGACCAUCAGGAAAAAUACUGCCAAAACAAAAGUCAUAAUACAAAGGACGAGGACAUUCUUUGCAUGAAACCAUUUCAGUAUUUGCCAAACUUUAAGAACCCUUGCUGGAAAGAUGUGAACCAUGACAUUAAAUGUCUUCCAUAUUUUAUGUUAAUUGGGAUGGACAAAUCUGGAUCAUCAGAUCUUUUCGAUCGAUUGAUAAAACAUCCUGAAAUUAAGGGGAACACUGGGUCACGUGGGAAAGAAACAAUGUGGUGGAGCUGGAAAAGAUAUGGUUUAUGGUUGACAACUACAAUAAAACGACAAAACUUUAACGAUUACACAUCCUACUUUGCCGUAUCAGCAGAACAAAUAAGCAACACUACAAAUGAACAAGGAUAUCAUCACUUGAUAACAGGUGAUGGCACUCCGAUGGAUAUGUGGGAUUUUAGAGGAUGGCCACAGAUACCACAAAACAUGAAUAAAUCUGAACCUGAAAUUCUUACACCACAUCUUAUUAGACAUCUUUAUCCAGAAAUGAAAUUUAUUAUUACUUUACGAAAUCCAAUAGACAGGUUAUAUUCGGACUACUUUUUUCUAAAACUUGGUAGACCAACAAGUGAUGCUUUUGAUGUUGCUGUCAAUUCCUCUCUGCAGAUCCUUAAUGAAUGCAAUCGCGUAAACAGUCUCCGGAAAUGCUUGUAUGAUGCGAAACAACAUUAUAAAUGGGAUAUAAAGGCUCGAAUACAUUUGGGAUUUUAUUAUGUUUAUUUGUUAGAAUGGUUUAAAGUUUUUCCUAGAGACCAGUUCAUUAUUUUAAGGACAGAAGAUUAUUCUAAAGAUGUGUUCCAUCAUAUGUCGGAAGUGUAUAAAUUUCUUGGAGCAGGUGAUCUCAGUAUGAAGCAAAUGAACGAUUUGGGAAUUCUUUCAAAGGAUCGCGUAUAUGAAACAAAAGCAAAACAGAAAGUUGCACCAAUGUCAAAUGUUACGAGAGAGAAAUUAUUGAAUUUAUAUACGCCAUUCAACAAUGAACUAGCAGUAUUGCUUAAUGAUUCACGUUUUCGGUGGUAACACAUUUAAAGAAAAGGAUGGUUCAUUGUGGUCACCAAAGAGGUCGUUUAUUUAAUAGCGCGGAGGCAUGAUCUAUGAUAUUAGCAAGCUGAGAUAAUGGAAAUGCUACAACGUUGAAGGUUGUUUUUUGUAUUGUUUGUUUUAUGGGGGUUUGAGGUUGGAGGGGAAAAAAAUGGAAAUUGUAAUUUAAUUUAUACUGCGAUUUUUGCGCUUUCUGUAGAAAGACUAAUUAUUGUAUGCCAUUAUGUAUUUCAGUUGUGAAUUAUUUGCUUGUUAUAGAGCCUUAUAACUUUUUUUUAAUUUUUUUUACGUUUUUUAUUGUUUAUUUUGUUUUUUAUUGUUAUAUAAUUUAUUACAUGUUUAUCUUUGUUCCGCACACUAAGGUUUUUCUGAGAACGCCUAUAACUUCUGUGUUUUUGCUGUUUGUUUUAAUUAUACUAAAACACUUGUCUACAUUUUCCGUCUACCAAUGAUCCUAAUUCAAUACAAUGAAUUUCUGUUG